ACAUUAACAACAAGCAUUUACAACGUUGGAGGUUUCGAAACAACAAUCUCAAGAGUUCCAGAAGUUCCAAGAGUCCCAAGGGUUAUAUACUACACUACAUAUCGUAGUGUACACCGGCUUCCUACGAAUAGAGGCUAGUACGACGAAGUGAUGUAUGAAGAUUUUGCUGAUCGGUUACCUGCUUCGGCGAUAUAAUGUGUUCCUUCGGGCCCCAUCGCUGGUUACGCCGCGCGUGUGGUACUCCAUGCCCUCAGUACUUUCAGCACAAGUACCCUGCCGUUUCACCUUACCACAAACCUUGGAUAUAUAGGGCAAUGAUCAUCCUGAUCAUUUCAUGCUGGGCUUCCCUAACUACUGCUAUUUCACUGGACGACACCCCGCGAUCGACUGAGACCACCCUACUGAUUGAUACGCGGAUUCCGGUACUCGUCAAUGGUCAGUGGCAGAUCAUGUCCGAAGCCGAGCAUCGCCAGCUCGUUCGCAGGUUACCAGACACGCAGACUUUUGAGAUUGAUGUCUCAACUGCUACCGCCGUGACCACCGCCGCGGCUACCGCAUCUAUCGCGGCUACUGGUCCCCUUCCCACUCCCUUCGAUGGCGCGCUUGCCGCAAACUUCUCUGGUGAGGAUGGAGGAGGAACUUGUCUGAAUUUCAUCAACAGCUUCUUGCAAAAUUCCACCUUUCAAGAGUGCUAUCCUCUUUCUCUCCUUUUAAAGAAUUCCAACUCUUUCUUCCAGGCUAUGAAAUCCCUGGUCAAAAUAACACAAGUCCUGGAAGCAUCCUGCAAGGCCGACAAGGGUUCCUGCACCAGUUAUCUCAAUGAUCUCGCCGACCAACUCAUAUCUGACGAUAACUGUGGGCAGGAUUAUGCGAAGAAUAAUCCAGUCGUUGUUCAAGCUUAUAAGGGAAUGAAGGCGUACGAGGAAAUCUACAGCGCCACGUGUCUGACAGAUCCGAAUACUUCGAAUUACUGUUUUGUCAAUGCUGUCACAAACCAGACAACUUAUGACAACGUCUACAUCUACAAUCUUCCCCUCAACUCUACCAUACCCAGCAAGGCCUUGCCCGCAUGCGACUAUUGCACUAGCGAGACUAUGAAGAUAUACCAGGCAGCAGCGGCUGACCGGAGGAAAUGUAUUGCCAACACGUACGUUGACGCAGCCAACCACAUCAAUUCAGACUGUGGUCCCGAUUUUGUCAGCGCAUCGCUUCCUGACGCGCUUCCCGAAAGUGCCGCGAUUUCGAUGGCACAGGCACCAUCAUUGCUCAUGCUAUCGUUGCUAUUUGCAACUAUCUCCCGAUGGAUUAUAUAACCUACAGUCUGCAUAUGUACUACCUAGUAGGUAUAUACCUAGUAGGUAUUGCACCAACCAGCGAUCAGUUACAUACCACAAACCUUGGUACUUGGGCACUUGAGGCAUAGGAUUUCAACGGCGUCUUCGGGAAAAGGAUAGGGCGGACAACAAACCUCAAUUUUGGAUAUGGGGCUUUGGACACAGGAUCAGGAUGGGGGACGGAGACGGGGUUGGG